CCAAUGUUUGGGAUGGAUUGUAUACACCUGUGUCCAUGGAGGGGAUUGGAGCACCUGAAUCACAUGAUAUGGAGGGGACUGGAACACCUGAAUCACAUGAUUGGGAAGGGAUUGGAACACCUGAAUCACAUGAUUGGGAGGGGAUUGGAACACCAGAAUCACAUGAUUGGGAGGGGAUUGGAACACCUGAAUCACAUGAUUGGGAGGGGAUUGGAACACCUGAAUCACAUGAUUGGGAGGGGAUUGGAACACCUGAAUCACAUGAUUGGGAGGGGAUUGGAACACCUGAAUCACAUGAUAUGGAGGGGAUUGGAACACCUGAAUCACAUGAUAUGGAGGGGAUUGGAACACCUGAAUCACAUGAUAUGGAGGGGAUUGGAACACCUGAAUCACAUGAUAUGGAGGGGAUUGGAACACCAGAAUCACAUGAUUGGGAGGGGAUUGGAACACCUGAAUCACAUGAUUGGGAGGGGAUUGGAACACCUGAAUUACAUGAUAUGGAGGGGA